AUGACUGACUCGACGUCUAACGACGAAGAUGAUCCAUCGGGUCCUAAAACCCCCCAGGCUGCCUCCGAACAAGGCCACGCUACUGAGAAGCAUGCUUCCAAUGAUACAACUGGCACAUCCUCGACCUCUAAGACUUCGACACCUAGCAAAGAUGCAACCCCCAAGACCGCGCCCGUGGCCGGGCGCCCCGCCGGUCGUCUCGCUGGGCGUCCCCGAUCAGCUACAGCGAGAAAGGCCCCCUCUCUUCUCGGUGACUUCCUACUAGGACGGCCAUCUCCCGCUCGAGUCGCGGCAGACAGGCAGGCGGCACGCGAAGCAGCACAGGCAAGAAAAAUGGAUUUGGAGAUGGUAAAACAGGAAAUGCGUCAAGCAGCGGUUAUGCGAAUCCAAGCACCGGGAGGGGUGCAUGAUCGAGUCAAGAAGUGGCAGAAGGCAAACGCUGCAGCUGCAGCCGAUGCCGAUCCACUAGCCACCCCAACAGAGCCGAGCGAGGUGAACAUACAAAUUGACGACGAGAGUGUGACGGAAGAAGAUCGAGUGAGAAUCAAGUUGCGACAAAGGAAGUCGUCACCCAAGUCCGAGGGGGGUACUAGUGGGAAAGAAAACCAAACGGAGUCGAGAUCGUCAACGAUUCCACCCAAGAAGCGGGUUGUUAGUGAUACCAAUUGGGUGAAAGAUAAGAAGAAGAGCCCAACUAAGACUCAACCACCAAAGACGAAGCCAACCGAAAGCACCGGAUCACCAUUACCUAAAGACUUCUUGGCGCGUACAGCUGCCAACCCCUCCGUUUCCAAAAAGAUCAAAGAUUGGGCUAGUAAAGUUGAAGUUCCUGAUGAAGCUGAUAGCGAACAUCGUAGUGGGCCAAGAUCAACCAAAUCAGCAGGUAGCAGGGAUGGUAUCCGUGUUAGACCCAUUCCCUCUGGGAGCGAAAGCGCAAGUGGAAUAUCAGGGUCUGCUUAUGUCACCAACAAGACAAGCAGCUCAUGGAAAUCUAAGGAGCCAGAUAAUGAUGGGAUUCGUGUAAGACCUAUCCAAAGCGAGAAGGGUAUGGCAAGUGAAAGAUCAGGAUCUUCCAAUGCUACACCUGAACCGUUAAAACCGCGGAAGCCGAAAGCGCGCCAGGAUGAUGGUAUUCGCGUUAGACCUAUCGGUGAAAGCGAUACUUCGGGUGGAAAAUCAGGUCCUGCUCGACCUGUCAAAACCUCUACACCACCAAAGCCAAAGCCGCAGGGAAGCAUUGGUAAUAAGACCAGACCGAUACCAAGACAAGCACCCCGGAAUAAAAAUUCGAAGAUCGAGUCUUGGAGAGCCUCUAUUCCCAGUGAUCACACCGAGGUGUUGUCUGAUCUUGACUUGUCUGACGGUGCAACCACCGUUCGUGCCUCUUCUAGGCAGUCUCACAGAAGAGCAGACACUCACGAACCUAGCUCCCGCAGAGAGCCAUCACCAUCAGAUAGGAUAGAAGUCAUUGAAGAGCCUGCAUCUGAUGAACCUCGAACACCGACCACAGGGGCAUCGAAGAAGCCAUCCAAAAAGCGGAGCAAUCAUAGCAAAAGACCUAAGGCCAGCCAUGCUGACACAAAGACUGAAAUGACAGAAGAGGUGUCUGACAGCGAUUCCUGGUCGAGCGGCUCGGUAUCAGACAUGCCAUUCAGUGUGUUGCCGCAGUCUUUAGCAGAUAUACCUGUUGGAUAUUCUGCAUUCAGUGAGCUCGACUUGCCUUCAGGAUCAAAGGCGCGAAAACCAAGGCCAAAAACCAAGAGACAGUCUAGCUUCAAGGGCGCUACUAACGUACUGAAGAAAGCAUUGUCAGAAGGCAAGAAGAUUCUCACGGAGAAAGCUGAUCAUCCAAAACCUGCUGUCAAUCAGCCACCAAAUAUUGAGACUUGGUUAAAAGAUACAGUUGACCCCUUUGUAGAUUCUUCGUCUACGGCUGAAGCUGAGCCAAAGAGGAAGUCCGAGGAUGAAUGGGUAGAUGAGAGCAGGACAGGAUACUCAGCAUCUUCAAAGAAUCAGUCCGCUGACAGUGCAUGCUCAACGGACGUCAGCAAUAGUGACGAGACAGUCAAGCUGAAGGAAGAAGAAAAAUCAAAUCAUGACGAGCACAGCAAAGUUGAAGUCAUCAGCUCAUCCUCGCCCAGCUUGAAAAGAAGCCGUGCUACUAGGAUCUCCUCAUCCCCUUCAAAAAGCAGCAGUAAAAGGGGCCUUAAAGAAAAGCUUAUGGAUGCAUUCCGAGGGGAAUCCACCGGGCACAGCCCUCCACCAGCUGAAUACCCAAGCUGUCCUGAAACAGUGGAUCUCGACAAAGAGCGCGAGGAUGAAUAUCGCGAGAGACGACGCUCGUCUGGUACGAAAAGAACCCCAUCUCCCGACGAUUAUGAUUCUUUAUUAUCCUCAGAAUCAUCAGCAAAACCAAUGCCACCUCCUUACAAUAAACGUAAACCACCAACUAAUGGAUUUCACGAACUAUCAACAAUUGCGUCUGAAAUUGAGUCACAUAACACAUUUCAGUCAGAUCUCUCAUCAGUGGUGUCGCAGACAACAAUAACAGAAAAUGCCACUACCUUGACAAGGAGUACAGCCAUGUCUCAUAGAAGAAGUCAUAGGUCUGGUGGCCUCAAGAGACGGCAUACAAAGCACUCAGACUUGGUAUCAGUUCUAUCAUUGCCAAAUGAUACAUCAGUACCAAGCAGAGGUAAUACUCUGCGUUCGGCACGUAGUGUAAGAAGAUCAUCUAACCAUCCAAAUGGUGCUACUGUGGAUGGACUUUUACUGGAAUUUGAGGACGACGAAGAUCUAUAUCAACGAGAACUAAAGACCCUCGUAGAUGGAGUAAUUCCAGUGCUCCUAACACAAUUCGUAAACAAUACCAGCAGCGCACGAAGAGAUCUUUUCGGUUCCCCCCCAAAGAAGUACAAGGAGGACACCCUCGACAAGGCUGUCGUUAAUAUGGGUAUGGUCCUCGACAACCUCCGAACCCACCAUCGACUUUGCCCCUCUCUUUCUGAUAUCCACAAACUUUCCCAAUGGCUUGAGGCAGUACAUCCUAUUUACAACAACUAUCUUGAUGUGUGGCGUCUUGGCUUCCAGGGCAUUAUCGUCAAUUUGGCUCCAAAAUCCCCCGAUGAUGCAGACUCCCUCAUAAAUGCCAUGCCUCGUAACGAGCAAGGUGAUAUCCUUAAUGAGGAUGGGGAGCGUAUCGACGUUGCGCACCUGCUAAAACGCCCUCUUGUCCGCAUCAAAUGGAUAACCAAAUUCAUCAAGGGAUAUCGAAUGGUUACAGGAACGAAAGAAUUCGAGCCUCUUGCUACUAAAUGGGAGGCAUUGCAAGCAAAAUCGAGACGUCGACAUAAGGAAGAAAAUGCAAGAGUAAUCGAUGAAGACGCCCGUAAUACUGAUACAUCCCGGACCAGAGAUUUGAGGACAUUGGAAGCUCUAGAUAACGUCAAAAUUGAUCGCUUCCGUCAGGUCUUUGCCAAAGAUACCUUCUCCUUAGACCUCCGACAUUCUAAUGGGCAACGGCUUGGAUGCCAAGUUGAGCUCAUAUUCAGGGACAAUCAAGUAUUUAAGUCUGAUCCAGGAGAUCUUCUUAUCAGAGAAACGGGCAGCGGAGGACGCUCGUGGCUUUUAUUUGCCCCUGUGACCGGAAACCGCUUCUCUGCACGAAAGGGAGAUGAUGCUUACGAGCUAGUUGUUAUGAUCCGGGGCUCUAGAAAUGAGUGGUUUGAGCUCUUAUCCUUGAUGGCCGACAACCAAGAACAAACAGUUGAGUGGCUGCAGAUGUUGGGAAAUACUCCAAUACCGCCCUCUAUUGCAGGCUCAACACCUUUGGUGCCCCAACCCUUGGCCCCGUCCCCUAGGUCAGCUGCAAGAGAGAUUCCCAUGGGCGAAAGGAAGCCACGCCGCGAACCUCCUCCACCUCCAACAUCCUCUAGAUACCACGAAACUUUGGAGGGGCCAAAGACUCCUACUCAGUCACAUGAGCGAACUCCCAGCCAAACUGAUGCGUCAACACCAUCCCCUGAGAGAACUCCUACGCGCGAUUCUUAUCUAAAGUCAACCCAUGAGUCGCCAAUUCCUACCGUAGAUGAUGCCGAUGAAGACGAUUCGCACUCCUUUGACGAUUCCGAUCAUCUAACUUCCAAGAAAUCACCCCCGAACAGUACUCCCUACCGCCAAGAUGGUGCACCCCCUCCUCCUGUCCACCGAACCUUCAAGGGCAAGAAGUCUCCAACUCUUGCUCCUCCGGCAGACAAGACUACAUCACGUCUCAAGCGUCGCAAUUCUUCCCCUCUCAAGCAUGAAUGGCAUCCCUCAGACGUGUCCUCUGAAGGAUCCUCGUCGCCCAUGUCUGGGUCGGGCGACGAAGACUCGGUUUCAGAUGAAUCAUCUGAAGAUGAAUUUGAGGCGGCCGAUAUUCCUGACACUGUGCCUGCUAUUAGUAUAAGGAAACAGGCAGAUAUUCCCAGCGAGUCAAUGAUCUCGGAAAGCAUGGUUAGCCUCACACCAUCGGCUUCAGCAUCUCAAGCUGCUCUCAGUGAACCUCAAAGCAAGCAGCCAGAAUACGUCAUAAAAUCCGUCGCUUCGAUUUCUUACUGGGACAAUAAGCACGGUCGUUGGCAGGAUCUAUGGCCGGAUCUUUGUUCCAUCGUUACAACCCCAGGCCUUAUUGAGGCGUAUCCUUACCGAAGAACACUUGCGUCAUCCGAUCAUUCACAAGAAGAGCGACCUCUUGUCGCUUUAGAUCUUACGCCCCUAGUCAUGUUACGAAACAGCACAGUUGUUGACUUAGAGAUACGGUCUCCUGUCCUUAAUUAUUCUAGGCUCUAUUCUAAGGUGGUCAAAUUUGACACCUCGUUCUUCCGAUUCCGAGUCCAGUCGGUCCAAGACUGUGAAUCACUUUAUAAGGCAGUACAUCGAGCCCGCAUGGACAACGCAAAAUACAAGGCACUUGAGGAAGAGACACGUAUCCGGUCCUUCGGGCAAUACCAAAACACUGACGCUGAAGGCGAUGGAAGUGGCCAACAGCGAAGCUGGUUUGGCCGAAAGAAUAGUUAUCGCGCCUCAGCACGCGCUCCAUCACAGUCAGCUGGUAGUGCAUCCCAAUCCCAAUCCCAAUCUUCUGCCAUCUCUGCGUCGUCCUUUUUAAGAAAGCUCAUGGGAGGUGGCAACCAAUCCUUUAACAUAGCGAUGUCAACUGUCGAUCGACCCUCUCGCUUUGGCGGCGGAGAUGCAUCACUAUAUGCAUCUUCAUCUUCAGACACACCGCCACGCUCUCCUUCGGUUAGCGCUGCCAAUAGUGGCAAUUCUAAGAUGACACUUACGACGAAUAAUCUUAAGAUUCGUCUCCAUCUAUUAAUAUCUGCCAGCAAGUGGGAGGACCACGGAAACUGCUUCCUCGAAGUUACUAGACCAGACCGAGGGACAAGGCAGAACCUGAGAAAAUACCAGGGCAUGGAGAAGCGGAUCAUUGUCACAACAAUCCCUAAGAAAGACGCAGACAAACCGGUAGUGGUCCUGGAUGUUGUACUAGGCAGUCAAUGCUUCAGUCAGUUGGGUAGCAGAGGUGUGCUACUCAACGUAUGGGAGGAAGUGAAAGAUGAGGCUGGGCAGACAGGAGUCGCGCCCCAGGGAGGUAAUAGUGGAGGAAAUGUGCGCAAAUGGUGUUUCCAAUGCUCUUCAGUAGGGCAGGCAAGGUGGAUUUUCGGACUCGUUACGCAGGAGGUUGUGAUUGUUUAG